AUGAUUCAGUUUCGUAGUCAAAGUCAAGAAGCAUUUGUUCAUAAAUCGAAUCAUCGUCGUUCUAAUUCAUCUCAAUCCGCUGCCGAUCUAUUUACAUUAGUUAUUCCAUCAAAUAAUGGUUCAUCUGUAUCACCUUUAUUAUGUCCAAUAUGUUCACUUCCAAUGAUGAAACCAACAUUAUUACCAUGUCAACAUACAUUCUGUUAUAAAUGUCUACAAAAUCUUCAUAAUUCCUCAAUACCAAAUGAUAAUCAAAUAAAAUUAAUAACAUGUCCAAAAUGUUCAGUUUCACAUCGUAUUAAUUCUUUAGAAAAUUUAGAACAAAAUCAUUCGAUUCAAUUAUUAAUAAAUACACUUUUAUGUGAAACAUGUCAACAAAUAAAUCCAUCAAAUCAACUUGAUACAUGUUUUUAUUGUUUUAGUGUUCAUUGUCCAAAAUGUUAUGAUCAACAUGUUGAAAAUCAUAAAACUGAUAUGAUUACAAAUCGAAAUCUUUAUCGAAUAACAUCAGCUGAUGAAAUAAGACCAUCAAGUAUAAUUGAAAAUAAUCAGAUUUUAGAAAAUAAACCAAUACUUCGACUUAAAUCAUUUAAUAUUGAAAAACAGUCAACAACACAAUCAAAUAAACAAAAUAUCGAUACUGAACAAACUGAAGAUGAAAAUUCUGAUCCAUCACAACCAGCAAAUCCAAAGAAAAAAUCAAAUUAUCUUCGUAAAUUAAUAAAUUCAUCUCGACAUCGCCAUUCUACACCGACAUGUACGAAAGAAUCAAUUUCAACAAUUAAAAAAACAUCAUCCGCUAAACUUCCUAAUCGACCAACUAUAAUUAUUGAUAUAGAUAUUGACGAUGAAUCCAAAACAGAAACUACACCAUUAAUAGUACCUGUUACACCUGUACGUAAAUUUAUGAGUUUUAAUGAACAAUAUAUGCAUACAGCUGAAUAUAUAACACAAUGUAAACAACGUCAAUCGGAAUUAAAUCGAUCAGUUAAAAAACUUAUUGAAGUUUUAACAAAUAAAACAACUGAAACAAUUAAUCAAAUAUCCGAUUAUUGGAUACAUUUAAAACAAUUAGCAUUAGAUCAAUUUCAAUCUAAAACUCCACGUUUUCAAUUAUUUAAUUAUCUAUUAAAAAAUUGUUGUUCAAUACUUGAUUCACGAAAACAUUUAGAAUCAUAUUUUGAACAGAAUGAUGAAAUUAAAGCUGCACUUCAAGUUUUAUUAACAACAUUACUUAUUGUCGAUGAUCAACAAACUCCAUUAACAAUAAGUCAAUCAUUUGAUCGAGAAGAACAAACAACAUUAGGUAGAUUACGACGUCAUUUAGAACUUUUACUUGCAUCAUAUUCUGAUGAACUUUCAUUUAUUGUGGAACGUCAAAAUGUAUAUGAAUCACGUUUUGCUGCAUGGAAAAAUUGGAAUGCAACUGAUUUGGAUUCAAUAUCUUAUGAAUGGUCACAAAUUAUUGAACAUGAUUAUCCAUCAUUAGUAGAAAAAAUUUCGAAUGAUUUCAUAACAAAAACUCCUCAAACAGAAAAAAUUCUUCUAGAAAUGAUGAAGAAUAUGAAAAAACGCUUGUUAAAUAUGGAUAAUCAAGGAACAAAUCAAAGGACUAGUGUUGUUAGUUUAUAA